GUUGAAUAUUUAGCUUCGAUAUUCGGGACUGAGAGGGACAAGAGAGAACCAGCACAAGCAGUGGCCCGUCGGGGGGUCGGAGACAGAGCACUAGGUUUCCUGGUGGCUGGGCGGCGUGGUGCGGUGUUUCUGGGGUGCCCGGCCUCCCCGGUUCAUCUCUGUCUUUGCACCUGUGCCAGGAUUAACUGCUCUUUUUACUUUAAGAUUGGGCCUGUCGGCAUGGGGACCGGUGCUCCCGGCUUCACAACCGACUUUCAGCCAGCUGAGACCCGGCACGGAGCUUGACGGUUAACGCCUCCGGCCAUUCCCCUUCUAUUUUCUAUCAUCGCGAGGUCCCGCCUUUCGAGGUUUUCUGAGGCCCACCGUACCGCCCCGCUUUUUUCUUGUCGGACCUCUCAGGUUCCUCCCCCAACCUUCAGGCUCUUCCCCCAGGAACUUGGCCACGUCCCCGUACGUACAAACUACACCCUUGGGCUGUCCCUCACUUUUCAGUCCCUCACCUUUUCUGCAUUUCUUAGGGGCAAGCAUCUCUAAUGCACUCAAGACGCUUAGGCUUUUUCUCUGGCGCUAAGUCCCACCCCCAACCUUCGUAUCCCACCCCUUUGCGUAGUCCCGCCCUCUAUGCUCAGGCCCCGCCCCUCUGAGUUCUAUUAAGACCAUAGUGCUGCUCAACCUGUACCGAAACCCACCGAACACCGCCCAGACCGCAGACGGAUCGCACUGUGAAUGAGGGACCGGUUUGAGGGGCAGGGCGGACAGCUCUUAGCAGGCCACCCCCUGAUUCCACCCUGCCCCCUCCUCCAGGUCACGUGAGCGAUAUGGAGGUACAAGAACACCAAGAUAACUUCUUUGAGUUUCAGCAUGAGGAUGCAGAAUGGGCAGUAGCUGAACUCAGUCAUCGCUGGUUCAGUGGGCAGGCUGUGCCUGCCGAGCUGUCUCCUGUCACUUCGGCAGUAUGAGAUCAGAGAAUAUACCCGCGGUGGCUUCUGAAACUUCAUGCACCUGUGGCCCAUUUCCUGGAACCUGCGGCAGCAGCUCUAUGGGCGGGGAACCAGGGGCAGGUCACCACCGAGGUCCCAUACCCGACACCAUCCCCAGGAGAGAAACUGUUGAUGUUCCCCAGACCACCCGCAUGGCCGCUUCUGAGAUCUUGGCCUUCUUGCCUUCCACCCGAUAGGCACAGUAACAAAGGCUGUGGCCGGAAGUCCUGCGGUCUUGGGUCCCCAGGCUGCAGGCCCCGCCCGGAUGGGGCCCCAACGCCUUCUGUUUGCUGUGCUGCUCCUGGCCCAGGCGGCGCCGCGAGAAACCUCCCAGCACUGCGGCCGCCUCGAGUACUGGAACCCUGACAACGAGUGCUGUGGCAGCUGUCUGCAGCGCUUCGGCCCGCCCCCCUGUCCGGACUACGAGUUUUCGGUAAACUGCGGGCUCAAUGACUUUGGUGAUCAUGUAAGGUAUCCCUUCAAGAAGUGUCCUCCUGGGCAGUGCAACCCCAACAGCGCGGAGCUUUGUAGCCCUUGUGGAGGCGGUGUCACGGCGUUCACACACGCGGGAACCGGGCGGCGCUGCGGAGAGAAAUCGGUCCCUACCAAGGAGCCCUGCCCCCUGAAGCUUGAAACACCCAGCCUAAAUUCUCAGGAAUCCAGCUCACCGGAUAUUUACAGUCCCGAACAAACAUCUGAGCACAACGCUCCUCGGCAGGCCUUGCCGACUUUUGCCCUGCCUCUGGUGCUGGUUCUGCUCUUGACCUCAGCAGCCAUCUUCCUGUUCGCCCUGCAAAGGCACCGCCGCUGCCGCCAGGGGAAAGUCAUCCUCCACCCCUAUCCUGGCUUGGCUUGUGGUGACUCCAACACCCACACCUUCUCGCAGUCGUCCCCUUCAGGUUUCAAGGAGGCAUCAAAGGCAGAGCUGCCAAAUCUGGCGUCGCAGCCCCUCUCUCGACUCCUGGAUGAGCUGGAGGUGCUGGAGGAACUGAUUGUGCUGCUGGACCCUGAGCCUGGGCCAGGUGGGGCACUGGCUUGUGGUACCACUCGACACCUGGCUGCAAGAUAUGGACUGCCUGCUGCCUGGUCCACUUUUGCCUACUCACUGCGACCCAGUCGCUCACCUCUGCGAGCCCUGAUCGAGAUGGUGGUGGCAAGGGAGCCCUCCACUUCUCUGGGCCAGUUUGGCACACACCUGGCCCAGUUAGGGAGGGCAGAUGCACUGCAGGUGCUGUCCAAGCUUGGGUGAUCUGGGGCUCGCCCAGCCUAAUACUCAAUGUUUCCCUUGAAAUCAGUGCCUGUUGUCUCUCGGCCUCAUUAAGGGGCCCUCUUGAAAUAUCGUCUUAAUUGGGCCAAGACCCAGCAGACAUCCUUACUUCCUUCUCCCCACACCAAGAAAAGGACCCACUCCAUCAUACACAUUAGACCAGAUGACGGAGAACUGGCCUCAGGUGCCUCUGGGCAACCAGGUCCCUUGAGAAAUACUGCUACCCCUGGGAGAGCUCAUCCCCAGGGACCCAGCAGGGUUCUAACUUAGAAUAUGUAGAACAUUUGUUGCUCUGAAGCCUUGGACAGACCCCAUAAUUUACUGGUGAUUCUGAACAAUGGCCUCUCACCCACCUGUUGAGGCUGACGGGCUUCAUUGGCUCAGGAUGGGUGUGGGGCAUGGAGAAUCGAGCUCCUACCUGGCCCUACCACUAUACAAACGGGAAGACCACUUUUCCAAACAUUGACAGACUUUAUUGUGGGGGGUUCCCACCUGGGAUCCCACCCUCUUAAAUAAAAAAAGUGCAUAGAAAAGAAGGGAUUUAGAAACCUUUGUACAUUAUUUACAACCUGGGACCCCAGGGCAGUAAGGGGACGACUGCUGGGUGGACUGGAGGGGUGGAGGCAGGGCCUUGCCACCUGCAUGCCCACAUCCACCCUGAACGUGACGGUGGGGGUGAGAUGCUCUGGGAGGGACUAGGGAGCCCCAGACCAGGGGCAAGAUGGCAGC